AAAUCACUCCAGUCACAAAACUCAGUCUUCUCUACUCAUUUUUCAAUCGCCUCUUCAAAUUUUCCGAUAAAUAAAAGAUGAGUUCCGGCGCCGGCAGUGGAACAACCAAAGGAGGCAGAGGAAAGCCGAAAGCUACAAAGUCCGUUUCUCGAUCGUCUAAAGCUGGUCUUCAGUUUCCCGUUGGAAGAAUCGCUAGAUUCCUUAAAGCCGGAAAAUACGCUGAACGUGUUGGUGCCGGUGCUCCGGUUUAUCUCUCCGCCGUUCUUGAGUACCUCGCCGCUGAGCUAUUGGAGCUUGCUGGAAAUGCGGCAAGAGAUAACAAGAAGACACGUAUCGUACCACGACACAUUCAGCUUGCAGUGAGAAACGAUGAAGAGCUUAGUAAACUUCUUGGAAGUGUAACAAUCGCUAAUGGAGGAGUUUUGCCUAAUAUUCAUCAGACACUUCUCUCAUCAAAGGUUGGGAAGAAC